UCGGCAGCGGCCGCGGUUCCAAGCACUGGCCCGCUGCGCCCGGCGUCUGCUUUCAGUUUCGCACGGAGCGUGGACGAGCCGGCAGCGCAGCGGUUCUCACUAAGUUGCUGAAGCUGGCCUUGAACUGUGAUCCUCCUGCCUCAGCCUCCUGAGACACUGGGAUGAAGGCACGCGUCACGGCACCUGGAUAUUCUAGGUUUUAAAGUGUAGAUGGACACAACACGAUGCCUUUAUUUUUAUGUGGUGAUGAGGAUCGACCCCGGGUCCCGCCCAUGCUAGUACUUAACCCUGUCAUGUUAGAAUACGCCCUAUUAAUGUGGAUUUCUCCAAAGUCCUGGAACGUUCUAGUUAUUUUCCUCACAUUUCACAGGUGGAUGGAACGUGCACCAUGGAAACACCUGUAAACCCAGCUCCAGUGACAAGACAGGGCCUAGACACCCAUGAGACCCUCUCCAUGGGGACCCUAGAACAUCUAUCAUGAACCAAGAAACCAGGGCCAGCUCCUCAUGGGACCCCAUGGGCCUCCAGCUGGGCACCAGGAACCUGUGGAGCUGGCUCAUGAGGCUGCUGAGCACACAACCAGAGUGGCUGAGCACCAAGAUGAAGUUCUUCCUCCCUAACGUGGAGCUGGACUCCAGGGACGAGCCCCCCAACCCUGAGCAGAGGGUCGUCCUGCAGCUGCGAAUGCUGCACGCCCAGGGGCGGGCCACCUGGCAGUCCUUCAUCCACUGCGUGUGCAUGGAGCUGGAGGUGCCUCUGGACCUGGAGGUGCCACUGCUGAGCACUUGGGGCCAGGAAGACGAGCUGGGAGAUGGUGAGAAGACCCGACUUGGACCUCAGCUCCAACAUGGCCUCAAGCGCCCUCACCAGGGCUGUGGCUCCUCACCCCGCCGGAAGCACUGCAGGAAACAGCAGCUAGAACUGACCAGGAAGUACCUGCAGCUCCUGAGGACCUCUGCCCAGCGGCACUGUGGUGAUGGAGUCCCCAAGCCAGGGCAGACCUUUGGCGCCCACCAGCCCUAUGUCCCCCCAAUCCUGCAGUGGAGCCGGGCCACAGCACCGUUAGACCCUCGAGAGGGAGCCGUUCUGGGGGACCCUAAGACCGAAGAUAGCACUGACAUGAGCCUCCAGGACCUCUUCAACUUCAAGGCCUCCAAGGGCCCACGGGUGACAGUGCUCUUGGGUAAGGCUGGCAUGGGCAAGAGCACACUGGCCCGCCGGCUCUGCCAGAAGUGGGCUGAGGGCCAGCUAGACCAUUUCCAGGCCCUGUUCCUUUUUGAAUUCCGCCAGCUGAACCUGAUCACGCGCUUCCUGACGCUGCCCCAGCUCCUUUUUGAUCUGUACCUGAGCCCCGAGGCGGGCCCUGAGGUUGUCUUCCAGUACUUGAAGGAGAAUGCCAGCCGAGUCCUGCUCAUCUUCGAUGGGCUGGACGAGGCCAUCUACCCCUGCUCCAGCAAGGACACUCUGGGUCCCAAUGGCUCAGGCCCAGCCCUUACCCUCUUCUCUGCCCUCUGCCGGGGUACCCUGCUUCCCGGCUGCUGGGUGAUGGUCACCUCCCGUCCAGGGAAGCUGCCUGCCUGCCUGCCCACCGAGGCAGCCACGGUCCACAUGUGGGGCUUUGAUGGGCUGCGGGUGGAGGAGUACGUGAGCCGCUUCUUCAGUGAGCAGCCAGCACAGGAGGUGGCCCUCGCAGAACUCCAGGGAAACGGGCACCUCCAGAGCCUGUGUGCAGUGCCCGCUCUGUGCCAGGUCACCUGCCUCUGCCUCCGCCAUCUCCUCUCUGGAAAUGCCCCUGGCCAGUCUGCGGCCCUCCUGCCCACCGUGACCCAGCUCUACAUGCAGAUGGUGCUAACCCUCAGCCCCCCUGGGAGUCUGCCUGCCAAGUCCCUGCUGGGCCUCGGAGAGGUGGCCCUCAGGGGCCUGGAGGUGGGGAAGGUCAUCUUCUAUGCGGGAGACAUCCCUCCAGCCAUCAUGGCCUUCGGGGCCACCCACAGCAUGCUGACCUCAUUCUGCAUCCACACCGACUCUGGGCACCAGGAGAUUGGCUAUGCUUUUGCCCACCUCACCCUGCAAGAGUUUUGUGCUGCCCUGCACCUGAUGGCCAGCCCCUCAGUGGACAAGGACAUACUCACCAGCCACGUCACGCUGAAUUCUCACUGGGUUCUGCGGACCAGAACCAGGCUGAACCUCUCGGACCACCUCCCCACCUUCCUGGCGGGGCUGGCAUCCCUCACCUGCCGACCUUUCCUCAGGCACCUGGCCCAGAGGAACGAGGCCUGGGUGGGGGCCCGGCAGGCAGCUGUCCUGCAGGUGCUGAGGAAGUUGGCCACCCGCAAGCUCACGGGGCCAAAGGUGGUGGAGCUGUGUCACUAUGUGGCCGAGACUCAGGAGUCCGAGCUGGCCAGCCUCACUGCCCAAAGCCUCCCCUAUCAACUGCCCUUCCACAAUUUCCCGCUGACCUACAGAGACCUGUCUGCCCUGACCAGCAUCCUGGAGCACAGAGCAGACCCCAUCCACCUGGAUUUUGAGGGCUGCCCCCUGGAGCCUCACUGCCCUGAGGCUCUGGCAGGCUGUGGGCAGGUAGAGACUCUCAGCUUUAAGAGCAGGAAGUGCGGGGACGCGUUUGCAGAAGCCCUCUCUAGGAGCUUGCCAACCAUGGGGAACCUGAAGAUUCUGGGGUUAGCGGGAAGUAAGAUCACUGCCCAGGGCGUCAGCCUCCUGGUGCAGGCCUUGCCCCUCUGCCCGCAGCUGGAAGAGGUCAGGUUCCAGGACAACCAGCUCAAGGACCCGGAGGUGCUGAGCAUCGCGGAGGUCCUCCCUCACCUGCCGCGGCUCCGGAAGCUUGACCUGAGUCGCAGCAGCUUCUCCACGUCAACAGUACUGUCCUUGGUGAAGGUGGCCGUCCUGUGCCCUACUGUUAGGGUGCUGCAGGUCAGGGAGACAGACCUCAUCUUCUUUCUUUCCCCACUUGAAGAAACAGCUGUGGAGCUACAAAGAGCUCCAGACCCACAGGAAACAGACGGCCAGAGGAAAGAGGCUGAGGACAGAAGGCUGACCCUCAGGCUCCAGAAAUGUCAGCUCAGGGUCCGUAAUGUGGAGGCCCUCAUAGCCCUGCUCCUGGAAGGUCCGCCUCUGGAGGAAGUGGACCUCUCAGGGAACCAGCUGGAAGACGAAGGCUGCCGACUCCUGGCUGAGGCUGCUUCCCGCCUGCACAUUGCCAGGAAGCUGGACCUCAGCGACAGUGGGCUCUCCGUGGGCGGGGUGUCCUGUGUGCUGAGCGCCCUGAGCACGUGCCAAGCUCUGGAAACCCUGCACAUCAGCCUGCUGCACAGAACCGCGGUCCUCACGUUUACCCAAGAGCCAGAAGAGCAGGGGGGGACCCAGGAGAGGGCUGCAUUUCUUGACAACCUCAUGUCCCCCCUGUCCUGUGAGCUACCUCCGAGCUCCCGAAGGAUCAGGUUGACGCACUGUGGCUUCCAGACCAAGCACCUGGAGCAGCUCUGCAGGGCGCUGGGAGGAAGCGGCCACCUGGGUCACCUGGACUUCUCAGGCAACUCCCUGGGGGACCAGGGGGUGACCCUGCUGGCCCAGCUGCUCCCGGGGCUGGGCCCCCUGCAAUCCUUGAACCUCAGCGAGAACGGUGUGUCCCUGAGUGCCGUGUGCUGUUUGUCCCAGUGCAUGUCUGCUCUGCAGUGGGCGGCCCACCUGGAUGUCAGCUUGGAGAGCCAGCAGAUCCUCCUGCAGGGUGACAAGAGAGGCAGGGAUGGGUGGACGGGUGGCUCCUCUCCACAGUUCCCAGCCAGAGCCCAGUUCUCCGGGUUCGGUCAGCGCAGCAUCCCCAGGAGCUUCUGCCUCAAGGAGUGUCAGCUGGAGCCUCUGAGCCUCACCAGCCUCUUUGCCACUCUGGAGCAGUGUCCAGGGCCACUGGAAGUGCAAUUAUCCUGCGAGACCCUGAGCGACCAGAGCCUGGAGACCUUGUUGCACUGCUUGCCGCGGCUCCCCCAGCUGCGCCUGCUGCAGCUGAGCCCGACGGGGCUGUCCCCAAGAAGCCCCUUGCUGCUGGCCGACGUCUUCAGCCUGUGCCCACGGGUUCAGAAGGUGGACCUCAGGUCCCUGACUCACGCCACCCUGCACUUCAGACCUAGCGAGGACAAGGAAGGCGUGUGCUGUGGGUUCCGGAGCUGCAGCCUGAGCCUGGAGCACGUGGAGCCCCUGUGCUGUUUGCUGAGCAAGUGUGACAACCUCAGCCAACUGGAUCUCGCAGAGAACCUGCUGGGUGACGAUGGGCUCAGAUGGCUUCUGGAACACCUGCCCCAGGUGCCCAUCUCGGGGUCGCUCGACCUGAGCCUCAACGGCAUUUCGCGGGAAGGCGUGUGGCAGCUGCUGGAGACCCUGCCCUCCCGCCCGCGGGUCCGGGAGGCCUCCGUGAACCUGGGCUGCGCGCAGGAUUUCUGGAUUCACUUCUCCAAGCCGGGGGAGACCCUGCAGACCACACUUAGACUCAGCGAGUGCAGCUUUGGGCCCGAGCAUGUGCCCAGACUGGCCACCAGCCUGAGCCAGGCCCUCCGGCUGACAGAGAUCACGCUGACCCGGUGCGGCUUGGGCCUGGAGCAGCUGGCCCUCCUUCUGAGCCUGAUGAGGCCCCCCGCAGGGCCACUCUGCCUCAGGGUGGAGGAGCCAUGGGUGGGCAGAGCCGGGGUGCCCGCCCUGCUGGAAGCCUGUGCCCAGGCCUCGGGCAACGUCAUUGAAAUAAGCAUCUCUGAGACCCAGCAGCGGCUCUGUGUCCAGCUGGACUUCCCUCGUCAGGAAGAGAACCCAGAGGCUGUGGCCUUCAGGUUGGCUCACUGUGACCUGGGGACCCAUCACAGCCUUCUUGUCGCACGGCUGAUGGAGACAUGUGCCAGGCUGCGGCUGCUCAGCUUGUCCCAGGUUAACCUCCCUGACACCAGCGAUGCCAGCGGCCUGCUGCAGCGCCUCCUGCUGGCCCUCUCGGAGCUGAGGAGCUUCCGGCUGACCUCCAGCUGCGUGAGCUCCGAGAGCCUUGUCCACCUGGCGGCUGGCCUGGGCCACUGCCACCACCUGGAGGAGCUGGACUUCUCCAACACCUGGCUCAGUGAGGAGGGCACCAGGACACUGAUGGGGGCCCUGCAGGGGAAGUGCAGGCUGAGGAGACUCGACCUCAGUCAGCUGCUGCUGGGUGGCUCCACCCUGGCCAUGCUCACCCAGGGACUCAGCCACAUGACCCUCCUGCAGAGCCUCCGACUGAGCGGGAACAGCAUUGGUGACGUCGGCUGCUGCCACCUUUCUGAAGCACUCAGAGCUGCCGCAAGCUUGGAGGAGUUGGGCUUGAGCCACAACGCCAUCGGAGAUGCCGGUGCCGGGCACUUAGCCGCCAUCCUCCCCAAGUUGCCUGAGCUCAGGAAGAUAGACCUCUCAGCGAAUGGCAUCGGCCUGGCUGGGGGAGCGCAGCUGGCCAAGUCCCUCGCUCUUUGCAGGAAGCUGGAGGAGCUGGGGCUUGGCUUCAAUGCGCUGGGGGACCCCACUGCCCUGGGGCUGGCUGAGGGACUGCCCCGGCACCUGAGGGUCCUGCACCUGCCUUCCAGUCAUCUGGGCCCAGAGGGGGCGCUGAGCCUGGGCCGGGCCCUGGACGGAUGCCCGCAUGUGAAGGAGAUCAGCUUGGCAGAGAACAGCCUGGCUAAAGGGGUCCCACACUUCUGCAAGGGGCUCCCGCAGCUGCAGCGGAUAGACCUGGCUUCCUGUGACAUCGACAACCAGGCUGCCAAGGGCCUCGCCGCCAGCUUCACACUCUGUCCAGCCCUUGAAGAAAUCCUGCUGUCCUGGAAUCUUCUUGGGGAUGAGGCGGCUGCUGAGCUGGCCCAGGUUCUGCCCCGGAUGGGCCGGCUGAAGAGAGUGGACCUGGAGAAGAAUCGGAUCACAGCUUGUGGGGCCUGGCUCUUGGCGGAAGGCCUGGCCCAAGGGUCUGCCAUCCAAGUCAUCCGCCUCUGGAAUAACCCCAUUCCCCCUGGAGUGGCCCAGCGUCUGCAGAGCCAGGAGCCCAGGCUGGACUUUGCCUUCUUUGACAAGCAGCCCCAGACCCCUCGGGGUACUUGAUGGCCCUCUGAAGACCCUCGGGAUCCAGCCAAGCGAUGCCAACUUCCGCCUCCAGAGAGGGCUCAGCAAAAGGGCCUCAGCUGGCUGCCCUGCGCCCUGCACCUGCACCUGGAGGGUCCUGCGUGGUCCUCAGGGAGGACAUUUUUGGGGACUGGGAGCUUGGUAUGGCCAAAGGAGGAGACUGCGUUAUGCAUGAUCUAUGUGACCAGGGGGACAUGUGGCAUAGUGAGGCUGUCAUGAUGUAUCUGUGACACAGCAGACCAUGCAUGACUUCUUGGCAUGUGGCACUUACAUGGGACUUGUCAUGUGUCCCAUGUCAAUGGCCUGGGUCCUAGCCCUACACGUGGCAGGACACAUGAUUGGUGAGGCACAGACAUUGGUGAGAUACAUGAGCAGUGUUCAUAUCACACGAUGCAUGACCUGCCAGAUCACCUCGGGCCGGUCCAAGAUCUAAUUUAUUACUUUUUUAAAGCAAAUAUCUAUUUAUAGAUUGCAUUACCAGAGCAGCUGCUCCAGGAAGAGACCCCACCCUGAGCUGGGGGAGAGACUAUCUGAGUACUGUCUGGCCCCGUGGCUCAAGGGUCAGGGCUCUGGGCCACGCUAGGGACUCAGCCAUGAAAUCCCCUCCUGCUUCCAACCUCAUUUUCCCAUCUAGGUGACCUGCCCCCUUAGGUGCUGGGUUUCUAGGGACUCUGGACCCAGGUCCAGGUAGAGCCAACCUGACCUUGGGAGAGAUCAGGCCUGUUCUGUCCUAUUUAAGGGAAAAGCCAGGUCCAAGGGUACUAGGUGGGCACUACCAAAACAUGGGGCAAGGCUGCUGCAUUUAUUGCUACCUCGGGGGCCCACGUGAGGCUCUGGGGACUCCACAGUAUUCUUGUGACUUCAAGCGGGACCCUGGUUGGUCAAGUUUGAUCAAUAUGUGGACUGUCUCCCAGCUGCUAGCUUGAGUCUGAUGCUUCCUGCCACCCCACAGAGGUUAGAAGUGGGUCGGUCCUGCCCCAGGGACUGGAGAACAGAGCAGGUGACAGGUGUGCUAAGAGGGGGGACAGGGGUUCAAGUUCAGACUCUGCCUCUCAACGGCCACGCCAUAGAGGGCAGGCCACGUCCUCUCUACAGACCUCACCUGCAAGAGGAGGGUGUCGCGGAAGCGCACGGUGUUAAAAAUACCGAACAGCUUCUGUUUGACUCGCAUCAUAUUAAACCCUUUUAUAAACUAA